AUUUUUCCAAAUUAUCAGGCUCUCUCUGUCUCUGUCUCUGCCUCUAGCUUUGGUGCUUCUGUGUUUGAUACAGAACGGAACCAAUAAGAAGGAGAGGAGGAAGGAACUGACAACACUUCUGAAAUUGGAAAAUGGGAAUGGGAAUGGCGGUGACCAAACCCUAAAAAGGGUUAGGCUUAGCAGCAACAAACAAUUGUGAAAUUCCAGUGUAAUGGGUAUUGAGUCGGACUCGGGCGGAGGAUGGGGGGUGGCGAGAGGAUUGGUAGUGAAGACACUCGUACUCAUAGGAGGCGCCCUCUUGCUCAAACGACUCACUAAGUCCACCACCCGCUGGGACCAUGCACGUCUCGUCGCUCGCUCUCUCUCGGGGGAGAAGUUCUCCAAAGACCAAGCCUCCAGAGAUCCCGAUCAUUACUUCAAUUUCAGAAUGCUUACUUGUCCUGCAGCUGAGAUGGUAGAUGGCUCUAAUGUUUUGUAUUUCGAACAAGCAUUCUGGAGGACUCCUCAAAAGCCAUUUCGGCAGAGAUUUUACAUGGUGAAGCCAUGCCCAAAAGAGUUGAAAUGUGAUGUUGAGCUAAGCUCGUAUGCCAUUAGAGAUGCAGAGGAGUACAAGAACUUCUGUGAUCGCCCAAACGACCAACGUCCAUUGCCUGAAGAAGUUGUUGGGGACAUUGCAGAACACUUGACAACAAUACAUCUUAAGCGUUGUGAUCGUGGGAAACGCUGCUUAUAUGAAGGAUCAACUCCACCUGAAGGGUUUCCUAAUUCAUGGAAUGGGGCAGCCUACUGUUCAUCAGAACUUUCAAUUCUGAAAAAUAAUGAGAUACAUGUCUGGGAUAGGGGCUAUGACAAUGAUGGGAACCAAGUUUGGGGACCAAAGGAAGGCCCUUAUGAAUUCAAGCCAGCGCCUGCCUCUAGUACUGGGGACAUGUUCUCUCCUUUAAAUUUCCCUCUUCAGCAGUCCAUAGAGAAAAGAAUAGAGGGUUCAUUUGUUUUGCGAGAAUGAUGAUUAGUUACAUGUAAUCAUGAUAUGUAAAUUUUUCUCCUCAACCUUAUCAAUUUUAGUUCGUUGAUAAUAUCUAAUUUUAACAUGAUAACUAAUAAGCAUUAUUUUAUUAAUGGGAAGCAAUGGCAUAAGGUUUUCAGCA